AUGACCUACGCUGAAUCGACUCGAUCCGCCGUCGUCUACUCGUCGAUUGUGCCCCCACCACGUACACCUGUCGGUCCUUCCAUGUUGAAAGAUGGUGUGCGGAAAGGCUCCGCCCCCUUACAACCGAUACAACCGAAAAAUGGAAUAAAUAGUCUGGAUUAUUGGAGUAAAUCAGAAGACGAGAAAUCAGGGAUCACCUGCUAUUACAGUCGACACAAUAUUCAAUUUCCAUCGCAACGGCAGAUUAGUCGAAUGAAACAAACGCCUGGAAGGCCUACAAUGAAUGGAUUUCCGUCUACUUCAACUGCCCAAAACGGGAAUGGAGUAGUACGGUACCCACCGUUUCCACAGAACACUCCAGAAUCUGUGAUGAGUCCACCAGUGGGAAUCUACCGUAACGUGCCAGCAAUGCCACGUGCAAAACUGUCAAAAGACGAGAAAAACGGUGGUGUGAAACAACGGGAAGACGGUAAUCCAAAGAAUGUGGUGUGGGGUGGAUCAUCACGAAGAGAUGAUGAGAAUGGUGCCACGUCAGCAAUCACUCCGUUGAAUCCUUUUCCAGCAAGUGCAUCAAAUGAGAAGAAACGAUCAACUGCAAGAAGGAAACCGAGAUGGGCGCGCUGUUUUCAGACGCUCUUCUGCUGUGUCACACCGCCCAGAGAGAUCGAGAAAAUACAAUCAAACCAGCGAACGAACAGUACCAACAACAAUCAUCAGAAUGGAAGACCGUCGACACCGACGAAUGCGGGACCCCCAAUUCAGCUUAUCACACAGGUGCAUCGUGACGGAACGGUGACAGGACUACCGGCGACAAAUCAGAAUGGUCAGCCGAUUGGCCCAGCUGGUGAUGGAGUGACAACGUAUGAGAAGAUUGCCAAUGAUUCGAUUGGAACCAUCAACGAGAAGCCACUUCUACCCCCAUUGUUACCCCAAGAUAGCAAUAAAAAGUGUUUGGUGAUCGAUCUUGAUGAGACACUGGUGCAUUCUUCGUUCAAGCCCGUGAAGAAUCCAGAUUUCGUGAUUCCCGUCGAGAUUGAUGGUGUCGAGCAUCAAGUUUAUGUACUGAAACGACCGUACGUCGACGAGUUUCUCGCCAAAGUUGGCGAACAUUUCGAGUGUAUUCUGUUCACCGCGUCGCUGGCAAAAUACGCGGAUCCAGUCGCCGAUUUGCUGGACAAGAAGAAGGUGUUCAGAGGAAGACUCUUCCGUGAAGCGUGUGUAUUCCAUAAGGGUAAUUAUGUGAAAGACUUGAGUCGUCUAGGAAGAAAUCUGAAUCAAUGUCUGAUAAUUGACAACUCGCCAGCCAGUUAUGCAUUCCAUCCUGAAAAUGCGGUACCCGUCACGACGUGGUUCGAUGAUCCAGCUGAUACAGAGCUCCUGGAUAUUCUGCCCUCGUUGGAGCAUUUGAAUGGGUUCUCAAGCAUUUACGACCUGUAUCGCCCCGAAGAAGGACCACAAUCAGAGCUUCUGAAUCAUUGCUCAUGCUGA